AUCUGGCCCGGUGCAGCCAGGAAGCUCUCUGAAAAUCGAAUGAAGAACACAGCAGUCAUGCCGAGUUGUUAGUCACAGAGCAACAUUGGUUAACAAAGCUUCUCUUCAGUGUCUCUCGGUGUGUUUUUGAUGCCUGCAAAAGGCUAGACCUCGUUUUUUUGUUGUUGUGGUGGAAGUGUAGCUCGCUCUACAUGCUGGACAGUGUCCAGGCAUAGAGCCUCUUUGCCCUGCCCUCAGGCCUCUUCGGCUCGUGGAUCUCCGUGUGGAGGAACGCCUCUUUGGUGGCUGUGACAGGGAGAAUUAAGCAAGAGAUGCGGGUUCACUUGCCCUGCGUAGGGGCUUAUCUUGGGCUAAGCUGAGGGACUAAUAGCAAAGCCAGCCUCCGCUCCAGCCGGUCUGAGGGCACAGGGAGCCAUCUGUCCACUCUGUGGAUAACCAACAAAGGGGGCAAACAUUGAACACGGACUACAAAGUAAAAGAACGUUCAUUUUGGAGAUAGAGGAAGUAAAGAAGAGGAGCAAGUAUUCUGUAUUUAAGGAGUGGAAUGGCGGCAGAGAGUUCUGUAUUUAUUGGUUUGUAGUGUUGACUUUAAAGCUCGCAAAACACAGAGGAUGUCUGACAAGGAAGAGAUGGCUUCAGAUGGGAGUCUGAAUGUUACAUUGACGCUGAGGCUGUUGAUGCAUGGAAAGGAAGUUGGCAGCAUAAUUGGCAAGAAAGGAGAAACCGUAAAGAAGAUGAGAGAGGAGAGUGGUGCUCGUAUCAACAUAUCAGAGGGCUCUUCUCCUGAGAGGAUUGUCACCAUCACAGGACCCACAGAGGGCAUCUUUAAAGCUUUCUCCAUGAUCGCACUGAAGUUUGAAGAGGACAUUACUGCAGCAAUGACAAACAGCAACGUGACAAGCAAGCCACCUGUGACACUUCGCCUGGUUUUCCCAGGGAGCCAGUGUGGCUCACUGAUUGGCAAAGGAGGCUCAAAGAUUAAAGAGAUCAGAGAGACCACAGGCGCCCAGGUUCAGGUGGCUGGAGACAUGCUGCCGGACUCCACAGAGAGGGCUGUCACAAUCUCGGGCACUCCACAGGCCAUCACUCAGUGUGUAAGACACAUCUGUUCUGUCAUGCUGGAGUCUCCACCGAAAGGAGCGACUAUUCCCUACCGUCCAAAGGCCAUACCUGCAGGUGCUCAUGCAGUAUUAGCACCGCAGCACCAUGCACAAGCCUUUGCAAUUCCAGGGCAGUAUGCUUUUGCACAUCAAGAUUUGACCAAGCUUCACCAGUUGGCUAUGCAGCAUAUCCCCCUCCCUUCCCUUGGGCAGAGCAACCCUACCUUCCCUGGUUUGGAUGCAUCUGCCCACACAAGUUCACAAGAGCUGGCAAUACCUAAUGAUUUUAUUGGCUGCAUAAUUGGAAGACAAGGCAGCAAGAUCAAUGAGAUUCGCCAGGUCUCUGGAGCUCACAUCAAAAUUGCCAGCGCCACUGAUGGCUCAGCCAUGCGCCAAGUCACGAUCACCGGCUCGCUGGCCAGCAUCAGCGUGGCCCAGUACCUCAUCAACGCCAGCUUAGAGAUGGCUAAAUACACCAUGCAGGCCGCUUCCGCAGCGACUUCAGUUGACCUCAACAUGAGCUUUGCUCAGUCCGCUCCUACUGCCUCCGCUGCUGCUACCUCUAUGGCCGUCCUGGCGGCCACAACCCAAGCCCCAACCACCAUUAACGUCCAAUCUCCUUCCACCUUAUCAGCCUUCCAAAACCCACACUACGCCGUACCCGUUUCCAGCCUUCUCGGCAUGAAAACUCUGCCUGUCCUGGCUAUGCACCCAGCAGCUGCUUCUAGCCUAGCACAGAGUUUAUCCCCAUUCACCGCAAAAAUGCAGACCUCCGGUAUCAAAAAAUCUGACCGCCAGAAGUUUGCUCCCUAUUGAUGUCUGCUUUUUAAGUCCAGUCAGUGUUAGCAGGCUGGAAAGACAUUAUCAAUAUACAGUACAGUCAAAUUAUUUAACAUUAAGGGUAAAGGCUUGAAAAUAGCCAGUGAGUGUAAGCUUUGCGAGCGUAAUACUUGUUUUCAAUAAAUCAGGAGAAUGUUGAAAGCAUACUGGGAGGAUGGUAGCAUUAAAAAAAACCAUGUCCUCAGUAAUUAAAACAGGGAGUGGAGGUGAAUAUGAACUUAGUAUUAUCUUUUGGACAUGCAUGACAAUUACUUUGGGUAACUCAGGCUUGUAUUAGUUUCCUAAAAGAAGAUAUUUUUCAAAUGGAGUCAUGUUACAGAGCUUUAUAUGAAGUCUUACACCAUGUGUGUUUUCCAUGAUGCAAAGAUUGACUUAGUUUUUUAUCUGUGUAACUAGUUUACAAGCAGUUUUUCUUAGAGAAUCAAUAAUAAUAUGAUAAAACGUGGUGCUUUGUUGGCAGCAGGCUGUUAAAAUGUUUGUCUUGUACGAUAGAAAUCAGUGUGUUAAGUAUCUUUUUCACAAGGAUUGCUCCACUCUUCUGUCAUAUUUCCCCCUUUUCCUUCACUGUAGGCUCUCAUCAAUGCUAACAGGCUUGGGUGUUCUGUAGUAACGCUGCACUGUUGCAGUUCUGAUGGGAUUAUCCUAAAAGCCACAUUGGAUUCUAGUGGAUUUCACUCUACACAGUAAUCCUGUAGAGCGGGACUGGCCUAACUAACUCAUUUAAAUUGUUUCUGUACGCCAGAGUAUUUCCUGUUUAUUCUCCAACCUAAAUGAGUGGAAUGCUUCAACUUUCAGCGUCUAGAGUGAAUACUGAGCAGUUAUUGUAAUAAAUGUUUUAUGCAUGUGUUUCUGGUGCGGGUCUAUCCCCCAAACAAUGCACAUUUGUUUUAUUUGCUGAUGAAAUGACUGAAAUAAAUGGGACUUUCGACAAUGCA